AUGCGCUGCCUGAUUUGCAUGUUUUUGUUGUGGCGGGCGGUUGAGGGAGUGAAUAUGAUGUAUGGAGACCGGAUACCAUUGAUCGACCCGCAUGACAGGAUUGAGCUACGCCCCGAUCCGAGCGCCAUCCGGAUACCGCGAAGUCCUGGGGUCUGGGACACAGUCAGCAACUGGUUUUCCACCGCGAAAACCUCGAUUUUUGGCGGCGACGAGAAAAGCGGGACCACUCCGACUGGGGCUCCGGUGAUCAUCCCGACAAAUCGACCGACACCAGUGGUUCCGGAUGCGAAUACGGUGGUUUUGGAAGGAUCCGGGAUGACGCCGAGCGCUUCCGGCCUAACUCUCCGCGACUUCAUCCAGCCCAAGGCACCCGUCGAUGGCAACUUUAUGAACGGUCUCAUCUCGGCGCGUCUCUAUCGGGCGCUCGGCACUCGAUCACUCGGCGAUGAGGUGAUGCCGAUGAACCAUCCACUGAAGCAUGACGACGGGAUGAAGACGGAAUUUGUGACUUUUUGGUACCCCACCAACGGGCGACCCGUCUGGGGCAAAGCCACCAUGGACCCGAGCGGCAACGUCGUCGGCUCGUAUAUUUUCAACAACCAGAUCUUCAACACGACCGACCAGCAGGUGUUGGCCAAGAGUCGGGUGCUCACCUACACGCCAGCCGAUGAGGAGGCCCACAAUUUUCGGUACGGUUGGGUGCCGGUGGGGCGGCUGGAUCGUACGACGGCGGUGACGAUCACCGGCUACGACACGAACCAAUGUACACAGUACGUGCCCGCCAUCUACAUUGACAGUCAACACUCAAACUACGAAUUCCUUGGCGAGGCCGACUUGGUGAAUCGCAUUUUUUACUAUGUGAAUCAAGGGAUUGUCAACAGCGUCAGUAUGCCAAAGUACCAGACGGACGUGCGGGUGAUGGUGAAGCUGCGCUGCCGGUGUAGCUGUGAUAGCCCGUACGGCAGGACUAGUACGCUGAACACCAAA